UUUACUCUUUAGUCUCUACUCUCUGCCUCUUGCAAUUUUGCAUUGAAAUACUUUCGAUGAAAUCUGCAUUUGUGUUUUGGGAAAAAUAAAUAAUAAUUGUAUUUAAGUUGGAAACAUUCCAAUUAUUGUUCCUACAAUAAGUAAUUUAUAGGAUCAGUGACCACCGCGCGCUUAGUCAGCGAAUGCGAUUCUCGUGUCUUUGUUAGUUAAUUUUAUUCGGUUGUGGGUACGAAUAAUAUUAUUUGUGUAGUGUUAAUUUAAAAUGGAGACAAUGCAAGUGGAUUCUGAUAUGCAACCGGAUAAGGAUGAUAGUGGAUGUAUUCAGGACGAUAUGUCACCCUUCAGGCAGAUCAGUCUUCUUGAUUUAUCGGAUGAUGUUCUACUCUACAUCCUACGACUCUGCUCGCCACGUGAUUUAAAAGCUCUUGGAUAUACAUGUCCACGACUUGGAAUCUUGGUGCAAGAGCGUUCACUGUGGAAGCGUGUGGAUGCUCGUAAUGAGGUCUUCAGCACUGCUAGGCUGGAGUGGUACCUGGCUCACAUGCUGCAUGAGGACACACAGGAAUUGUUGAUCAGUGGCCAUGCUAGGGAAUGUUCCGGAUGCCUUGGCCUCGUUAACACAACUCGGGCGGAUGCUGAAGAGGGGUUAAGUGGGCAGGCUGCUGAUGAGAAGAAAAAGGAAGUGCCGUGUACAAGUGGCAACACAAUAUCGGAGGACAACAUAUCAGUGGUACGUGAGAUGCCUUACGAUGUUCGCAGACAUCAUUCCCGUUAUUAUGUCAAUCAGCGAGUGGUCUGUUUGCCACGACCGCGCGACUAUCCAGCUUGGAGUGACGAUAGUGCUAUGGGCCGUUCGGGGCCCCAGAGCUGCGUGGGCCCUCAAUUCACGUUGACCCCACAAAUAAUGAGGCAACUGAGGCACCAGUGCAAUAUUACCAUACUCUCGCUGGAGUACUGCAAUGUUAAUUGCAAUGUUAUAAAUUUGAGCCAAUUCCCCAAAACUCUGAAGAAGCUGUCUCUACGUGGGACGAAGUUCUUCAACCUGAUAAUUGACCGAUCAUUUUUGACCAAAAUAUGCAAGUGUUUGCCCGUACUCGAGCAUUUGGACCUCUCAGAAUGCGAGUGGUUGGAACCGUCAUCUCUUCUCCCGUUGUCCAAACACCCAACGCUCACCCACCUGAUCGCUCGCGAGUGUUACAAGUUGACGGAGUUCGUGGCGUAUGCGUCGCUCACGUCCAGAUAUGGUUUUCGCACUUUGAAGGUUUUGGACCUUAGAGGAUCUCCGGUCGGCGAUUCUGAAGUGGCUGCCCUUGGCUGGCUGCCGUACCUGGAAGAGUUGUGGCUUAGUGCUGCCCAUUUCCCCAAGAAGAUCCGCCAUGCUCACUACUCAGAUGAUGAAUAUGUCCCCCAUAAGCUGCUGGAUAAUUGGGAGUUGCAGGAACCAGACUAUUACCAAAAGAAAUCGAUCCCAGAACCCAUUGAGACUGAUGAGGAAGAUUCUUCCUUCCAAGAGAAUGUUGAACCUGAACCAUCCACGUCGAGGGAGGGUCCUACAUUGGGACCCACUUUUGAUGCCGAAGCAAAUAAAAGAGCGAAAGAUGUUGAAAAGAGAAAGUCAUUACCGAAAGAGCCAGAGGAAGAGAAAAAGGAUGACAAUGAUGAUGACGAUGGCCAGGACGGACCGAGUGAUCCGAAAAGAACAAAACGUGACGCCACCAUACACGUUCAUAUUGAAAGAAUACGCAUGCAAAGGCAGAAUGAAAAUCAAGAAGAUAAUCCUAAUCCCGCGCCAUCAGCAAAUAACGUCAUUGUUAUCGGACCAAAUGAAGAACCUCAACAGCCUUUAUACUGCGUUUGCCCUGAACACAAAUCUGUUGAAAAAACGGACAAAUCUACGGAAACAGAUAUGUCUGCCUGUGACUGUCAGAAGAAGAAACCCGAAAAAGAUAAGGAAAAUAAAAAGCAGGAUCCCAAAGACGAACCAAGCGGGAGUCAAGACGAAAGAAAUGAUAACGCUAGAUAUGUCCGGUUUAGGAGAAACCAAAAUUCUGUAACUGUUAAUUUCGCUGACGAUUCAGAGAUCACAGUUCGUCGUCUUCCUAGAAAUGAGGAAGCGAACCAAGAAGAAAAUCGUCCAGACGAUAAUGCAAACCAAGAAAAUCCACAAAAACGUCGCAAGUUUUCUGAUAUUCUUCGCGCGUUUGCCGCUCAUUUGGAGACGCACGAACUCCAUGACUGCAAAAAUCCUUCAAAGGAAAGUAAAGAUGAUGAUAAAAAAGAAGGUGAUAAAAAGGAAGAUAACAAAAAACAUGAUACAAACGAACAAGGUUCAAAAGAUAAUAAAAAAGAAAAAGAUGAAGCAAAACCAGCGGUCGAUGAUCCUCAACCGGGCCCAUCAGGGGUUCAACCUAAACCUAAAGCGGAACCGGAAAAAGCUAAGCCAAAGAAAGAGCUAAACCCCGUAUGCGCCCGAAACCCGAAUCUAAGCCAUCUAAUGCAGAGCAUCGACAACCAGCACAUAAACAUUCAGGUUGACAUCAACCAAGAAAACGCCAACAAUGAGCAUAAUCGUCCAGAGAACCCCAACCCCAACAGAUUUGAGGCACACAUUUUCCUCCCUCGAAACUCAGUUUCGGCGCGUAAUCCCAACUUGAACAUGCUCGUCCAAAACGCGAGCCCAGAAAUUCCAGACCCGGGUCGCAAUAUGGAGAAUCUCCCGUUUCCAGGCUUCGUUCACCCCAUGCCGCCGUUCAGGGGAGAACCGCUUCGGGAUUUCCAAUACAUUCUUGAACCUCGCCACCACGUCUUAUACGUGAGUGUCGGCUCCCAGUUUAAUACCUUCAGAUUUCCUCGUGAAUCCGUCGAGGGUGAGGGGAAUUUAGACUUGCAUAUAGACUCCAGUUCGCUGGUCACAGACUUCUCUAUUCGUCGAUUCGGGCGCGCUGAUGGGGAGAACGUGAACUUCAUACAUUUCGGGCCAAAUGGUCCGGUUUUGAUGGGCAACGGCGGGAAUAAUAAUCGGCCGGAUAGAUCCAAUCUUCGCGUUUUAUCCGUAACCGGGUAUAGGAAUAUUUCGGACCGCAGCCUGUUGCAUUUGAUCAGUGCGGCGCCGCAUUUGAGGAGACUGGACUUUUCCGGAACCAUGGUCACGGAUUCUGGGGUUGAGAAUUUCAGAAAUCUCAGGCCAGAUUGCGAAGUUAUCUACAGUCGCUUUGAGGAGAAACCAAAGCCAAAAUGAAUCCAUCUCCGAUACAAUAUUAUUUAGUAUUAGAAUUUUGUGGCACAUAAAAGUCAAUUGUCAUAUUUUGACAGUUCGAAUUGGUUGAUUUCGUUACUCAGUGCUUUUUGAAAAAUUUAAUCAGUAUUAAUGAAAAGUUAAUCAGGAGAUAUUUUGGAGCGACGCCAUUUUUUUUUGGAUUAUUAAUGAAAUGUGGUACAGAUGAGUUACUGUAAUAUUCUAAUGUUGUUAGCAUUUAAUUCCCCAUAGACAACUUGGGUAUAGGAUAAAAAUAGUGAACCAUAAAAUAUUGGUUUUAAUAAUCUGUAGGAAUAUCGUUUUGUAUGUAAUGUAUACAAGCAUUUGCUGCCAGUUUAGCUUAAAGCAAAAAUCAAAUCAUACAGCGUUUGAUAUAAUAUAUACUGAUAUUGACAAAUUGUUGGCAAAUGCUGGUAUUUUUCUAUAUUAAAGUGACGGUUUUCGGCCAUUUUAAUGUUACCAAAACCGCUCGGAAAACUUCGCGUUUUUAUACUACAGUAGGACUGUUAACAUUAAUCCUUAGAUGUGAUAUUUAGUUAAGAUUUCCCCGCUUCAAGAAAACCCCGCCAAGAUUUGGACCGCUUAUGAGAAGUACAGUAACAGCCAUUUAAAUUUAAAAGCUUGCUAAGAUUAGGUAUUAAAUAAUGCUUACAUUUGAGUAAAGUAUGAAAUGUUCAAAUUUUCGGGGUUUUCGUUCGUAGGGGUCAUUGAAGGGCAUAUUCCAAAGGUCAAUAACCUUAGGUUAAUGACAUCGUAUGGUUUCGUCACGUAUAAAGCGAUUAAAAUAUAUUACCGCAAGACUUCUGAUUGUAAUAAAAUUGUCUGAUUUCUUAUAUCGUACACCCGGUUUCUAUAAACAAAAACCAGGCGUUUGGUGGAUGUCUUUAGUAAAAUAUUUUAAUUUUUUAGUUCCUCAAAAAGAAAUAUCCCGCCAUGAAUUAUUUUGUGUCUUGACCGAGAUUAUACCACGUGAAAGACUAUUUAAUAUAUUCAUUGUAAUAGGUGUUUUAUUUGUGAACAUUUUUACCCCGUUAGGAAAAACAUCAAAUUCAAGAAAUAUUCAUUUGUUUCUCAAAUUGAAAGAAAAUUACAUAACUACUCAUUUGAAACCGAGUUCCAAGUUUUGGUUUGUCCUGUAUGCGAUUUUGCUUGGCCCAGGGAAUAUAGUCGUAUCAAUAUUACGAUUUUUUGUAAUGAUUCCAUUUUCUUGUGUGAGUAAUAUUAGUAAUAAUCGUUGACUUUAUUUUAAUUUUCUAAAAUAGAUAUCAAUAACCACAAAGCUUUAGUUUGUAAUUUUAGCAAAUAAUCAUAAAAAGCUAAUGAAAAAUAAACCCUGUGCAAAGAGUGGUAAUAGAUUAUUACGGUAUAGAGAUUCGUCUUUUAAGUACACACACUAAAUACAUAACAACAAUGUUUAGAUUGUCGAAAAAUGCUUUGAUUUGAUAUAUAUAUUUACAUAUGUAAAUUUACUUGGUACUAGUAACAAUAGCAUUACCUUUUUUUUACGACUAAUCGCUGGGGCAAGCGGUUUUAGUAUGAAAAAUAAUGCGUACGUAAUUUAAAAUUUGUAUGUAAAAUUUUGAAGUUAUACUUAUUUUGGCGCGUUUGGGUAUGAUGACUGUAAAUAUUUACGAUGCGCGCGCAUACCGUCAAAAACCGACACCCUGAAGUUAACUAUUGUCAACAUUUUAUUUUUGGUAAUUUUUUCUUAAAAUUUAAAAUAUUAUACCUACUAAAAAAAUUAAAAUUUUGAAACGACUUACCUUUGUUACGCCAAAGAAGUAUAACUUCUAACGCGCUUCAAGUUGAUAUUGUAACUUGGGAUACGAAUUAGAACACGGAUUUAGUUUAUCAAAAUCGGUUGAGUAGUUUUUGAGAUAUUUACGCAUAUCUAGGGGAGGAUUUUUCUUAAUUUUAUUAGAUUAAGAUUUUCUUGAGUAGUCUCUGUUUAUUAAUGUUUACAAAUUUAGCACCGUAGCACAAAUAGUUGUAAGAAAAUUGAUGUCUACGUAAUAUUUAUUAAAAUCUAAAAGUAUAUUUUGUUGUAAAUGAAUCACUAAUGCCAGAACAAUUGUCUACCACUAUGGAUAACUAACAAACAAAAGUGAUACAGAACGAGGUAAAGUUGGAAAAUGAAUUUGCAAGUUCUAAAAUAGGCUGUAUUUGUACCAUGCUAGCUAUAAAUUGCGUUAUGCGUAUCGAACGUUUUUUUUAUAGUACUAAGCUAAGGGAGCGUUUAACUGUUACGUCACGCGUUACAUUAGGGGGGGGGGGCAUGUAACGCGCCGUAACAUUCUUUUGUACCAAAUAGUUUUGUUAUGUAUGAAGUUAAUUGCAGCAGUCAAGACUAGUGUGGCUUGAGACUGGAUGAUAAUAGUUAGUUAUUUCAAAACUAGAUGGCGCUGCAAAGUAUGUCACUAAAAGCCGUCAAGUCGCUGUCAAAAGUAGUUGUGGACAAUUGUAUGGCGUUUUUAGUUGGAAAAUUAGUGUCAUUUUUUAAUUUUUAGUUUAAUAUUCUGUUAAAGGGUAUGCUUCAAUGUCGAGACUUAGUGCGUACAGUGAUGUUAUUUUCGACAUACGGUAUUCCAUUUAAAUGUAAUUUCAAAAGACAGGUCUAUGUAUAUAAUUCAUAUGACAUUUACAUUUGCAUGCCUAUUUUUUAUAUGACUGAUUGUGUACCACUUUGCAAAUAAAAGAUUUAUUUAUUAAAACGAAUAGAAAGUCAAUAAGAACGCGCGCGUCGAUUGAUCCCUUUCCUCCCUAGCGUAAUUCCUAAGCACUAAGUCUAGUAUCUGAAUUGUACCCUAUGGAUAUUUCAUAAUUUUUUUUACCCAUAAGAAGGUUGCAUUUACCAUAAAAAUCAUAUUUCUCAAAUCUAUUGAAGUAUGAUAGUGUCUAUACAAAAGAUCUUAGUUUUGUGCGUUAGUCGCAAUACGUCAACAGCAUGUUAAGUUAUGUAGAUAAACAAUUCGCGAAAAGGACUACGUACAAUAACUGAAAAGACAGAGCUUAUUUUUAAUGGCAGAUUAAUUUUGUUAUUUCUUUUAUUGAAGUCUUAAGCUUUCGCCUUGUAUUUAAUUGAUUUGACAAAUGACUUAGCUCGCCAUUACAGAUUCUACAGCAAUAGUGUUUGCAUAGACAAUGCGACUCUAAAAACCUUCUUAUGAUCUCAAUAAUAUAAAUGAAUCUUCAAUUUUUUCCUAUUUUUAGCUUUAACUGUGGUUAUUUUUUACCAAUAAAGUAAUUAUAUGUGA